ACUUACCGGACGUUUAAUUAAAGGUGUCCGCGCACCCGUUUCUUAGGUAAGGCUUCCUUAGCAACGCGACAAGUGAAGUCCCCCAUCACAUCAGUUAGGUAACUGAUACCAACUGAAAACUAUAGGAUAUUUAAAUUAAAUAGUUCUACAUUUAAAAAGCAAUGGAAUAUCUGGGUCAGACUCAGACUGCAACAUAUCUUACUGGGCCCAGACAAUUUACACAAUAUCCUCAGUUGCCUACUAUUGGAAACUUACAGAAUGUUUCCAAAACCACUGACACCUAUCCAGCGCCAUCACCUUUACGAAGAUCACUCACAACAUUACCAUGGAGGCCAAGUGCAUACUAUCAGUCCACAAAGACUAAUCCAACAAUUCCCCUAACUCGCAGUAUGCCAGAUCCAUUUUCCCAAAAAACCCAGUUGUCUGAAUUGGAUGCAUUGAAAGUACCCCCAGUGUUUGCUUCAGCCAGAAAUGCCCUUUAUACAAGGUUUACACCUAAUGACUGGAUGGCCUCAAAUCAAGGCAAUUACUUAGCAUCUGACAGAGUACGUAGUGGAGCUGAACGGCUACGCUUAGAUACUGUACGACUUUGUAGAGAAGCAGAUGACAAAACCAAGCGCACACAAAAUGAUGUUGGGAAACGAUUGGGUGAAAGAAUUGGUGACAUCAACUUUUGGAAGAAUGAGCUGAACCUUGAAACUGACAACAUGAUCAGUGAGACAAAUCAACUCCAAGAGGCAAAGAGAGUUUUGGAGAAAUUUCUGGCAGAGACAGAAAACCCAUUACACCUUGCACAAGAAUGUCUGUACCACAGAGAGAAGAGACAGUCUAUUGACCUAGUGCAUGACAAUCCUGAGAAGGCUCUAAUAAGAGAAGUGGAUGUCAUUAAGAGAUGUCAAGAUAAGAUGAGGGGAUUGGUUGACAAAGCCAAUGUUCAAUUAAGCUUAAACAGAGCAUCCCAACAUGAACUGGAGAAGGAUUCUAUCGACAAAUUCGUGGCUGAACACUUGGACAAUGCAUGUCAUGGCAUGAGAAACACCAGCAGAGGGCUGGCUUAUCAUGAUGGUGUACAUAGAAUAGACAACAGCCUGUCAGUGCCUGAAACUUGGGCUAAAUUUAGCAACAACAACAUCCAGAGAUCACAAGCUGAGAGAGCAGCCUCUAAAAAUAUGCGCAAUGAAAUUGAGUCUGUGAUCAAUGCCUGCAACAAUGAGAUGUGGCAAGAAUGGAAUGCUGUCAAUGUUGCUCUCAAUCAGCGAGCCCAAGAAACCACAGAUGCAAGAAACAAAAUCCAGACACAUCUUUCAAAGGUUCUUCAAGAAGUUUUCGAAAUGGAGAAGAACAUUGAACUCCUUAAGAAAGCUAUACAGGAUAAGGAAGCUCCAAUGCAAGUGGCCCAAACAAGACUGGACACUCGUCUCAGGAGGCCAAAUGUAGAACUGUGCCGAGAUCCUGUACAGCACAGACUUGUGGAGGAAGUUUAUGAAAUCACGGACACAGUGGACAGCCUUCAGCAAAAACUUAGAGAAGCUGAGAACGCACUGCAAGCUCUUCUCCGCACUAAAGCUGCACUGGAGCAAGAUCUCAGCAUUAAGAACAACAGCUUGUUCAUCGAUCGUGACAAGUGUUUGGCCAUGAGGAAAACUUUUCCAAUGGCUCCCAGGGUUGUUUCCUUGUAAAACCUGCCCAGUUUUUAGUGAGCACAUUGAUUGUUGUUUUUUCUAAGAUUUAAUUUUGAUAAUGCACUUUUCACCCUUUCCUUUGAAAGAAUACUUCAAUAUAAAACAAAUUUUAAAAAGAAAAUAAUUUAUAGCUAUAGGAUAAGGAAAUAAACAAUUUGUUGAUUUAUUUAGAUCUAGUAAUAAUCAUUUUUUAAAAAUGCAAAAGAACCAGCUUUUUUACUCUUGAUGCAAAAAAAUACUUGGUGCUGCUUAAAGAGCAUACUAUCAGUAUUGUUUUAAAUCUAUACCCUGUAGGCCUAAGGUCUCUGUUAAUGUGUAAUCUUAUUUUAGAACCUAUUUAGUUUUGAAUUGAUUUCCUAGUUGGCUUAUACUUUCACCAUUGUUUGUUUGUAGAAGUUUGACUCUUAGAAAACCCAUCCAAACUUCUUUUUUUUUUCUUUGCCUGUUUGUGUUUUCAAAUUUGUUUUUUGGUGCAUAUUUUCAAUCUGUGAUCUGAAGUUGUUUUUAUUUUAAAUAUUCUUUUUGUUUUGAUUUGUUCAUUGAAACAAAACUUCUGUGCAUAUUUUAGCUACCAAGUCUUAAAAGAACAGUAUUAUUAUUGUACAUUUCUUCUCAUUUUUUUUUAUAUACUUAAUGAGUUUUUGUACAUCUUGUGAUCUAUGAAUUUUUGGCUGACACAGGUUCAGCUUGUACUAGUUUCAUUUUUGUCCUAGACAUGCAUAAAUAAAAUAUACUGUCAGCAUUUAGUGAAACACUUUUAGUCCCUUGAACUAAUGUUGUUGUUUCGGACAAUAGAUAAAAUUAUUUCUUUAAUGUAAUUAUACAUACAUUUUUUUUUGUUAUGUUAAACAAAUAUACUGCUGUGAUCUGUUGCAUGUUUUAUACACACACUAUGCUUAACAUUUUCCUGUUCUUUAUACAAAAAAUAUUUUAUAGUACUACAAUAACUACUAUUAACAUUUAGAAAUAUUUAUAGUGCAGAAUAUUACCACUAAUAUUUGCUUCAAGUUUUACCACUUCUAAUUAUGGGUCAGUAGAAAAUGAGGUUAUUUUAUUCAAUUUAUUCCAAUUUUCUGAGCUUUAUUUAAUCCUGCAGUAUUGAUACUGAUCUGUCUAUUUUUUUAAUUUUUUUUUUUACAAAUUUAGCGCACAUUUUAUAAUGAAACAUAAUGUCAUGUUUAUUUUUAAAGAAUAUGACAAGCACUUUUUAUGCAUAUAUUUUGUAGGGACAUAAAUGAUCCUAAUGUCUUAUAAAAAAAAUAUUUUUACUUAACAAUUUUCCUUUUUUUUUAAAUGAAAAUAUUUUGAAAUUUAAAAAGAGAUUAAAUAUUAGACACACAAUUUUACCAGAAAAACAACAACAUUUUGUUUGCUUUAAAAUGGAUUGAUAAUAGAUAUUUUCAAACAUGCAAUUUAUAAGAAAAAAAUAUUAGUAAAUAAAUUUGAUUUGAAUAAUUUC